AUGAAAGGACAAUUAAUUAGGUGUGGUGGCAACAUGGAUGAUACUUUAUUUUGUCACAUCAUUAGGGUGUCAAAUAACAACAACAAGUACAUUGACAGUUAUUGUAAUGACUAUAUUGAAGACUAUUAUUUGGUUCCAAUUAAUGAUGUUUAUAUGAUUUUUGUCAGGAGCGAGUUAUCAAAAGGUGUUGUUAAUAAUAAAAAAUCAAAUAAAAAAGAAUUAAACACACAAACUUUAUAUGUGACUUUGGGUGAAACAACUGUGAUACUGGAUAAAGUCACUGAUUAUAUCCACAUUAAUGUCACUUCCCAAACUCCAAAUGAAAUUACCACCAACUUAUUUUCACAAUUAUCAAAUCAGAAACAAAUUCUUGUUACGUUCUCCAGUUCAAAAGGUGUUUUAUUUGUACAUUAUCUAUGUAGGAAUGGGUUUAUAACCACAAGUAAAAUUGUUUGUAUCUCAAAUGCGACAUGUGAAAAUGGUAUUUUUGAUUCGACAAAAAGGAAAUGUCAAAAAUGUCAAGAUACAAAUUGUGCUAAAUGUACAUAUGACAACCAAAUUGAAAUUUGUCAAAAAUGUGAUUCUCCUUAUGAUCUUUAUGACAAUAUUUGUAUGAAACACUUAAAUUGUAAAUUUUCUGAUGGUAACACGUGUAUUGUAUGUAAUGAUGGGUAUAUAAUUAAAAAUAAAGUUUGUGUUAAAUUAGAUGGAAAAUGCCAAAUAGAAAGAAAUGGUUUGUGUGAAUUGUGUGAUCCUAUUUUUUCAAGUUUAAUUUCUAUAUCAGGCGAGUGUAAAAGUAUUGAAAAUGAAAUUAAACAUAGUGCGCAGAGUGUUGUAGAAUGCAAUAAAGGAUAUAUAUCAAAUUCUUCAUUUUGUAACAAAUGUGAUCUAAUACAAGAUAAUUGUGAUAUUUGUGAAUCGGGGCAUUGUACAAAAUGUUUUUCUUCUUUUUUGAUUUCACAAAAUUCAAAAUGUGAAUCUCUAACUUGUGAUACUAUUAAUAACACUUUUAAAGACCAAAAUGGUAAUUGUCUUCCAGACAUAACAAAUUGCGAAAUUGUUGUAAAUAAAAAAUGUGUUAAAUGUAUUGAUAAUUGCAUUUUAGAAAACGAUACAUGCAUAACAAACUACAAUAACACUUUUUGUGCAGUUGGAACCUCAUUAGGAUGCACUCGUUGUAUCAAUGGUUUUUAUUAUUCUUAUAACACAAAAACGUGCGAACGAUGUAACUCGAAUUGUCAGACAUGUCUUAGUCAAUCAAUUUGUUUGUCAUGUAAUGAAGGUAUGUUUUUGAGUGACCAUGUGUGUAAGUCAAACGAUGAAUUAAAAGAUUCAUGUAAGAAGUUCUCGAAUACAGGAAGCGGGUGUUAUCAAUGUAAUGAUGGGUAUUAUAGAAACAGAGUUGACUGCAAGAGAUGUGACAUCAGCUGUGAUACAUGUCUUCGCGCUUCUGAUUGUUUCACUUGCAAUUCAACUAAUUUUAAAGACUUUUCAGGUAAUUGUAAACCACAGACGAGUAUCAAUGGAUGUGCAGUUCAAGUAACACAGAACGGAUGUUCUAUCUGUAAACCUGGCUAUUAUUCAACAAAUAAUGAAUGUGGAAUUUGUUCAAACAAUUGUAAAGAGUGUACCUUAUAUAAUAAGUGUUACUCUUGUCAAGAUGAUUAUAUUUUAAUAAACAAUGAAUACAAAAUAUAUUCUUAA